GGAAUCCUUUCAACCGCGCCUUUUUACUGUUUCUACCGUACUCCAUUUCUGGAAGUGUUCAAAGAACACAAGCUACGCAUGUCAAGCGCCUCUACGCAAUAGGGGCCUGUAAAGCGGGAAAGAGCAAGUCAAUGCACCGAGCGAACUUUCGGACGUUGCGGCUCUGCAAUUUCCCAAACGAACUUCCUUCUAUGAAAGCAUUUUCAUACGCAUCAUGUGCAUGCGGCGCGCAAUUGCGCUGGUACUGUCCUUCGUUCACCCCUUCCACGCGAUCGCUAUCGCACUGGCGCAAUGUCCGAAAAAAAUACAUCCAAGAUUAUUCGUCCCCGUAACAAAGGAAAGCGUCCCACUCCCGGCUCGUCUUUGCAAGCAUCGCAUCCCUUGACCCCUUCGGAGUCCCCUGUUUCGCAGGUCCAUGUCACUAGUCCCAAUGUAUCUUCUGAUCACGACAACACCCAUCGCUAUCAGUUCAGAGGGUCGACGGGACCUUCAUAUCUUGAGCCCGCAGUGGCUGCUCAGCCUGUACCUUCCGGUGGUCGCCGCGCUGAUCCGACGGAACCAGCCUCUUCCACGGGCCGCAGAUUGUGGAAGAUCUGGGGGAAAUUUGCUCUCAAUCGUAGCAAGCCCAGCACUCCCGAUCCUGUUGAACAGUCGAGAACAUCCGCACCCCCUCACCAGCCAUCCGCUGAUGAUAGAGUGCUUCCUCCAUCUCCCCUCACCCCUACCGGCAAUAUUGAUGAUCUCCUUGAGGCAUCUGGGUCGCAUGCCACAUCCGGCGAUCACCUGAACGUCCACGCACAAUUGGAUUGUGAGGGUAUCAACAUUUCUGGCCUAUCGGAACCCACGAUCGCGCCAUCGGCUGGCUUAAAGAGUGAUCGGAAAAAUGUAAUCGUUGGUGGUAUAACGCUGGUUCUACAAACUGCAGCCGUGGCUCUUAAGUUGGCCCCGGUUCCGGGUCUUGACGCAAUCCCGAAUUUACUUCUGACGUGGCUCCAGGUUUACGAGACUGUUGGUGGAAACGAUGAUGAUCUUAAAGGAUUGGAUGACGACAUCCGAAGGGCUUAUGUCACCAUUCUGCAGCCACUCGAGCUGUUGACGGACCAAAUCCCUCCCGAAGUAAUUCAGUUGAUCAAAAGAUUUCACUUGUACGUCCACCUACUCCCGCAGCCGCUGCUCUUCCAAUCCAAGAAUCCUAUUUUCAGGGCCCUGGAACAGCAGAUAAACGAGAUCAAGUUGUUCAAAAGUCAAAGUCGGGCGAAGAGGAUGUUCUUAGCGCGUGAAAUCCCCGGGAGGAUAAACGGUGUGAAGGCGUGUAUAAAUGACGCCCUUAACUCAUUUGCGACGCAGGCAACUACUUUGACGCUUCUUCGCACAAUUGAAGCAUCAGUGCAAUGUAUGUUAUUCCGCUCUUUCCAAUAUUCGGAUUCUUCAUCAUCUUUCAGCAAAACUUGAACAACUCCCUCGAGUUGCAGCCGAGCAUACCUAUGUGAAGAGCAAGUCAAAGUGUCUUCCAAGCACCCGAGUUCAAAUACAAACA